CUCAACAGCAAAGCUUUGAACAGCUAAAAAAGCUGAUCACUGAAGCUCCCACAUUGAAGUUUUAAAACGUCAACAAAGCUGUGACACUCUCAGUAAAUGCAUGCUAAGAAGCAUUGGAGCAGUGAUCAUGCAAGGUGGACAGCCCGUGGCAUACGGCUCAAGAGUGCUCACAGAAUGUCAGAUAAGAUAUGCUCAAAUAGAAAAGGAGCUCCUAGCCAUAGACUACAGGUGUGAGAAGAGUGUGAUCACAAACCGUUAGAGAGCAUAUUCAAAAAAACUCUAUCAGGCAUCCAUGAGGCUACAAAGAAUGCUACUGCAGCUGCAAAUAUAUAAUGUCAAAGUAACCUACAAGCCAGGAAAAGAGCUUCAUAUUGCGGAUGCAUUAAGUCGUGCUUACCUGAAUGAGCAAGAAGAGGAUAUUCUGGAUGAGGAGCUGCAAAUGAAUAGGUCACAUCACAGCUGCCAAUCUCGGGGCAAAACCUGCAAAUGUUCAAAGAGGCAAUGGCAAAGGAUGAGGUGUUGCAAGCUCUAAAAACAAUGUCAAUGCGAGGCUGACCAAGGGACAGAUCUGCUGUGCCAGAGUGCAUAAAACCCUUUUGGAUGUUCAGGGAAGAGCUCAGUUUUUCUUCAGGGCUAAUGUUCAAAGCAGAUACGAUCAUAGUCCCACAGCAGCUGAGAUCAGAGAUGCUGAAAAAGAUACAUGAGUCACAUCUGAGGGUCGUCAAAUGCAAAGAAAGAGCAAGAGGAUGUGUUGUAUUGGCCAGGAAUGUCUUCUCAGUUAGAACAUCUGGUGGCACAGUGCCCUACAUGCAAUGAAUACAGGAACAAGAACCAAAAGGAGCCUAUGAUACCACACCCAUUGCCACGACGACCAUGGAAAAAAAUAGGUACAGAUUUGUUUCACAGCAAUGAUUCUAUCUGCAUUCGUUGUGUUGUCUACUUCUCCAAAUACCCAGAAAUCAUGAAACUGACAGACACGACCAGCAAAGGAGUAAUUACAGCAAUGAAAUCCACUUUCGCAAGGCAUGGAAUUCCUGAUGUGCAGUGGUGUGGAAAACUAUUUGCUCCCUUCCUGAUUUCUUAUUCUUUUGCAUGUUUGUCACACAAAAUGUUUCUGAUCAUCAAACACAUUUAACCAUUAGUCAAAGAUAACACAAGUAAACACAAAAUGCAGUUUUGAAAUGAUGGUUUUUAUUAUUUAGGGAGAGAACAAAAUCCAAACCUACAUUGCCCUGUGUGAAAAAGUAAUUGCCCCCCUUGUUAAAAAAUAACCCAACUGUGGUGUUUCACACCUGAGUUCAAUUUCUGUAGCCACCCCCAAGCCUGAUUACUGCCACACCUGUUUCAAUCAAGACAUCACUUAAAUAUGGACUUAAAAAUUCUUUUUCUGAGCUUUAGAUUAAUGUAAUGGUAUUAACUUGACUUUUAAAGUAUUUUUCUCAGUUGUACAUUAUUAAGAUACUUUAAAAGUCUUAUUCUGAGUCCUAGAUUAAUAUAAUAGCUGGCACGACGUACUGUUGAUAAGAAAUAUAGCUUUGGGGAAAAAUGUUAUGUGAGAGUAGAACCCAUCUAUUCAGGUUUUUAGGGAGACUUUCAUCAUCCUAUCUCAAAAGUGGUAGUUCUGUUUUAAACCACUUGUCCUUCUUUUGUUUUAUUCAAUGGUUCUGUUUUUAUUUGAUCUAUAAUAUUCCAUGAAUCAACUAUUUUGAUUCAUGACACAGAUGGAAACAGACCUAUAGUGGUUCUGUUCAUGCCCGUUCCAGGUUCCAACCUCUUAUGUUUGCUAAAAUGUUUGCUUGGUACAUUAAAAACACAAUAUUUGCAUCUGAAAUUUGUAUUCUGGGGGAAUAUUAAUGGCAUUAGUAAAUUAACCGGUACCUCUUGACUUACAGUACGCACUGCACAUAGUAAUGGGGGCCAAUUGUGACUUCAGAGAGGUAUGUGAAAAUUGUGACACAUUACACUUAGUACGCAAGGUCUUCUUCAACACAAAUCUGAAUCUUCCUGCAUUUCCUUUUUCAAAGGAAAACAUGCAGCAAAUUAGGAGAUGGUGGUGUCUUGUUCUCCUGCAAAACUUCCUCAUGCCAUAAGUGACUUUCAUGAUCACACUUUCUUUUAUCAGAUACUUUAAAAAACGGUUUUACUCACUGUUAAAAAAACAACAAAAACAAUGUUUUCAUAGAGACUGAAUGUUGUCAUUGCAUCACCAAGGUCUGAGGAAGACAGAUUGCAGGAAAGAAAAAGACGGAGGGAGCAAAAAGUAAAACAGGAUCUGGAAGUGGUCCCUCCUAAAAGUUUCAGGCUUUCAGAAUCUGUCUGUGAAGCAUCAGGAGAAUUCUCUGCUGAAGGACACCUUUGAGGCAGCAAGGUGGUGUGGCACCAGAUCCUUCAAAGGAAAACUUUCCCUUCCCUAGGUCAUCACCAAGGACAAGGAAGCUUCCUUGAGGGCAGUCCAGAUGUUACACAUGUGUGAUGGCCUGGAUGACAAUGAUGAGAAGCUUAAAGAUGUGAGGGAACCGUUCCUGUUUGCUUUUAGUUUGCAGGAAGACUACGAGGAGUUCUGUGUUGAACUUUGUGACAAGAGGAAGAUGCAGGUGUUUGCAGGAUUUGACACCCCAUAAAAUCUUUUUCCCUGCAGGAAUGUGUUUAGAGUGUUUGUGUCUGAGUGUUAUGGUAAUAAUUGUUGUGUUCAGUUUCCUCAGUAAGUUGUUUUUUAGAGGCUUUUUGUGUGUUUUUUGGUUCUUUUGUUUGUAUUUAUUGUACCUGUGUUCUACUGUUGGCUUUUUGUUUGAGUUAUUAAAUUUACCUUUUUAAAACAUUAAGUCUGCAUCCUUGGGUCCACUGUCUCACCACCCCACCUAAAACCCUGGCAUGUUUUAAUAAGUGUCAAUGGCACGAUUCAGUCUCUGUCCCCCUUAAUGUAGCUGACAUAACUGAGUGCACAAUUUUUUUUUACAUUUGUCUAUAUCUAUACUGUUUUAACCCUCACUUGUAAAAUUAAUACUUAAAAAAAUAUAAUGGCAGCAUGGAUACAAUACUGGACUUACAGUUAAAAAGACUUUAGACACGUUAUAAGAAUGUUUAUGUGUAUCAAAUGCAUGAACCUUGUUCAUAGCUAUUUCUGCUUUAAUAUAGUUAAGAGCCCAAUAUUAAAUGUCAAUUUCACUUCACUGUUCCUGUCCAGGUGGACUAGGUAAUACGAUUUUAGUUUAGUGGGAGAUGAACCUCAGUAAAUGGUUGUGAGGGCUCGUGAAAAUGUAAACGUAUUACCAUUUUAGUACUGUUUUUUCUGUUAGAAGACCAGGAGUUUUUAUUUUUACCUGGAACAGUUCAUCGACCUUGCACUCUCAGAUGGAAGCUGGGAUCAGAAGUUCUCCACCACACUCCUGGGUCUGUUCAGGGGUGUAGGCAUACAGUGGUGUGAAAAACUAUUUGCCCCCUUCCUGAUUUCUUAUUCUUUUGCAUGUUUGUCACACAAAAUGUUUCUGAUCAUCAAACACAUUUAACCAUUAGUCAAAGAUAACACAAGUAAACACAAAAUGCAGUUUUGAAAUGAUGGUUUUUAUUAUUUAGGCAGAGAACAAAAUCCAAACCUACAUUGCCCUGUGUGAAAAAGUAAUUGCCCCCUGAACCUAAUAACUGGUUGGGCCUCCCUUAGCAGCAAUAACUGCAAUCAAGUGUUUGCGAUAACUUGCUACGAGUCUUUAACAGCGCUCUGGAGGAAUUUUGGCCCACUCAUCUUUGCAGAAUUGUUGUAAUUCAGCUUUAUUUGAGGGUUUUCUAGCUUGAACCACCUUUUUAAGGUCAUGCCAUAGCAUCUCAAUAGGAUUCUGGUCAGGACUUUGACUAGGCCGCUCCAAAGUCUUCACUUGUUGUUCUUCAGCCAUUCAGAGGUGGAUUUGCUGGUGUGUUUUGGGUCAUUGUCCUGCUGCAGCACCCAAGAUCGCUUCAGCUUUAGUUGACCAACAGAUCUCCUUCAGGAUGUUUUGGUAGACAGUAGCAGCAGAAGAUCAUCCUGCUACAAUGUUUGGGUUUAGAUUAUUCAAAUUCCGAGCUCAGUCCGGUUCCUAAACACAUCAUUGAUGACGCGUAGGUUAAUCUGAUUGGCCCAUUUCAAAAUCAGACCGCGGCUGUAUUGUAGCUCAGCGUUUCUUAUGUAGCACAAUAACAAAAACAUCGAACAGGAAUAUCUACCGUGUUGCCGCUAAGCUAGGAAGAUGGACCCGUGUCUGAACAACAAACGAGGGCAGGUUGAAGAUGUGAAGAGUGACCUCUCAUUGGACUUGAGUUCAUUACCUGACCCACAGCAGUCCUACAUGGAUGAAAGAGAACACCUAAAGGUUUUCCUCAGAGUCAGACCUUUCACCUCAGCAGAGCAGACCAGCGGGGAGUCGCAGGACUGUGUCACCAUCGAACCACCUGAUACGGUUCUCCUAAAACCUCCCAAUCUGUCUGCUCUGGCCAGACUCAGCUCUGAAAAGUUCCUCCCACAGACAGGACAGCGCUUCCAGUUCUCCUCGGUGCACGGUCCGCAGACCUCCCAGAAGGAGCUGUUUGAUGGAACAGUGAGAGACUUGGUGAAAGAUGUUCUUGAUGGAGGACGCUCUCUGGUUUUUACUUAUGGAGUCACAAACUCUGGGAAAACAUUCACUUUCCUUGGCCCAGAUAGUGAUGCUGGAAUUCUGCCCCGGUCUCUCGGGGUCAUCUUUAGUAGCAUCGGUGAGAAGAUUUUCACCGGUAUGUGCAUCAAACCUCACCGCUGCAGAGAGUUCUCUAAACUCAGUUGGGAGCAGCAGGCAGAGGAGGCACUGUUCAAGAGAAGUCUCCUGAGACAGUUUAAAGAGAAUGAGAAGAACAUGAAUUUGUUGAAUAUGACCAGUCAGACCCACCCUGAUACCUCCACCAUGAUGGAGACUUUUGCAGCACCAGAAGAUAAAAUCAGCCUGAAUGUUGAAACAAACACCAAGUUCUCCAUUUGGGUUUCUUUCUGUGAAAUCUACAAUGAGAAUAUCCACGACCUCUUAGAGGUGGCGCCCAACGGCGCCCCGAGGAGAAUCGCCCUGAGGCUGUCGCAGGAUGUCAAGGGCAAUGCUUUUGUCAAAGAUCUGCGCUGGGUUCAGGUGAGCAGCACUGAGGAGGCGUGCAAAGUAGUGAAACUGGGCAGGAAGAACCAGAGCUUCUCCUCCACUCGACUCAAUCAGCUCUCCAGCAGGAGCCACAGUCUGUUCUCUAUUCGAGUUUUGAGGAUUGAGGACAUCGGCACUCCGAGAGUUCACACGAUCAGCGAGUUGUGUGUCUGUGACUUGGCUGGCUCUGAGCGAUGUGCAAAGACUCAAAACAAAGGAGAGCGUCUGAAAGAAGCUGGAAACAUCAACACCUCGCUUCUCAUUUUAGGAAAAUGCAUCAACGCACUUCGACACAACCAGCAGGCAAAGCUGGUUCAGCACGUUCCCUUCAGAGAAAGUAAGCUGACCCACUACCUGCAGAGCUUCUUCUGUGGUCAAGGUAAAGCCUGCAUGAUCGUCAACAUCAACCAAUGUGCCUCCAUGUUGGACGAGACACUCAACGUUCUCAAGUUCUCUGCCGUGGCUCAGAAGGUUGUAGUUUUGUCCUGCCGGCCUCUUCCCAUCAUGCUCCAGACUUCCAGCGGUGAAGUCACCCGGAACGCUGAGCGGAAGGCUCUUCUUCACAACAAGAGGAGCUGGGACAGUGGCCUGGAAGACGUCCAGGAGGACAAAGACGACAUAGAGGAAACCAGCCUGUUUGAGGCCACAACGGAUCAGACAGUCAACGAUGGAGAAAGUGAUCAAAAUGAUAAAAUGGUUGUCUCUAAGAAAACUCACCAGAGGCAGGUGGCGCUGUUGAAUCAUCUGCAGGUCCAGCUGAAGAAGGAGCGAGCGGAGAAUAUGCUCCUGGAGGCUCGAGUCAGAGAGGAGAUCUGCCAGGAGUUCACAGAGCUUUUCUCUAAGAUGCAGAACGAUUACAAUGAGCGUCUGUCGAGGGACCGAGAUAUUCUUGAGGAGCGAACCGAGCGUAGGCUGGAGAUUUUCAAGAAUCUCAUUCGCAACAUGUCUGCUGCUGCAUCCAGUGGAAAUGCAGAAACCAUGGUGAACCUCCUGGACUCUCGGGCGUCUGAACUAGCUGACUUAACCAAACCCACCAAGGCAGCUUGUGUGUGUUCAGUCUCAGUCCAAACUGUUCAACCAGCAGAUGAGCUGGAGGGUGGGCAUGAUCAGCAACUGCAGGAGGCCCAAAGGCACACAGCUGAUGAAGAGAAACAAGAACUUCUGCUUAAGCUCCAGGAGAAAUCCUCAGAGGUUUGCUGGCUGCAGAAGCAGCUGGGAGAUCUGCAGAUGGAGUUUGACCCACGGGGUCACUCAGCUGAAGAGAGGAGACCAUGUGACGGAGAUCAGCGGCAGGAAACUCUGGCUGCACUUAUCGAGGACACAAAAGAAAGAGAAGACUCCCAUGAUGCUUUAGAGUACCAGACUUUGGGGAAAGAGCAGGGUCUGGCCUCCUUAAAGGAGAAGAAAGCCAGGGAGGAGGCCUUUGUUGCAGCUGAAGAGCUGAGGUGGAGCAAAGAGGAAACACUAGCAAUGCUUGAAAAAGAGAGAAGACACGAAGAAGUAGUGAUGGAACAGAAGAGACACAGCAGUGGGGAGGCCCUGUCUGUUCUCAAGCAGGAGAAGAAGGAGGUCAGUAGGCUGUCUGAAGAGAAAGACGAGAGGCAGCAAGAGGCUGACACACUCCGGCAGGAAAUCAAAGAUCUGACUGACAGGCUGGAGGCUGCAGAGAGUCUGGCCUCAUCUAAAACAGAAAGAGCUGAACAGACCUCCGUCCAACUACAAACUGUUCAGGCACUGCUGGAAGAAAAAACUCUAGAGGUCCAGGAGAAAACAUCAAAGAUCAGCGCUCUGACACAGGAAGUUCAACGGUUACAGCUAGAAGUGCAGCCCUCCAAGCUCAAGGAUGGACUCAGAAAGCUCCUAACAGAAGAAAAGGAGGAAAAUCAGAUCAAACAAGCACAGAUCAAGGAGCUGGAGCAUCAGCUGGAGAAGAUCAAACAGCAGCUGGAGCACAAACAACUGGUUUCAGACCAGCAGCUGAAUCAGAAUGAACAAGCUUCAAAACAGCAAAUUGAAGAGCUGAGAAAGAAGCUUCAGAAGCAAGAAACGGUGUCGCAGAAGCAACUGGAGGAGCUCAGGGUCCAGCUGGGAUCCCAGCAGCAUGAUUCUACCGCACAAGUAGAACAGCUGACAGAGAAACUUCUGCAGCAAACACAAGCCUCAGAAAAGCAGAUCAAACAACUCAAAGAGCAGCUCCGAGAACAGGAGGUGUUCUUCAGACAGCAGCUGGAGGAGCUGGAACUGAAACUGGGUCAAAAACAAACAACCUCCAGCAAGCUGUUAGAUCAGGAACAUUCUGUAGAGCAGCUCAGGGCUGAGUUAGAAGAAGCUCAACACAACAGCACCAGCAUCUCCUCUGCCACCAAAGAUCUAACGAGAAUCAACUCUGACCUUCAGACCAGAGUAGCAUCUCUGACAGAGAAGCUCACCAGAAUGAAUGAGUUGAAGCAGGUGAUGGAAGAAAAGAACCAACAGCUGGAGGAAAAGCUAGCUGAUCUGUUGACGGCCUCUGCACAGAAAGAGACAGAGCUUCACAAAAAGCUGCAGGACAUGGAGGAACAGGUCACGUCUCUGCAGAGGAGCCUACAGAAAGCACAGGAACAGCGUGAAGAGGAGAGCCAGGCGAUGCAGGACGCCCGACGCAGGGAGGUGGAGAGACGCAGGGAGCUGCUGGCCGUGGCGCAUGAAGCCAUAGCUCAGAAAGAUGCUGAGCUGGAGAAGAGAGCCAUGGAGAUCAGCAGGCUGAAGGAGAACUCUAAGCAGAGCGCAGAGACGAUAAAUAGCCUCAGCCUGGAGCUUCAGAGGAAAGAAGACGACUCUUCAGACUUCCGAGAGAAACUAGCCGACUACAAGAAGCAGGUUCAGCAGGUUCAGAAGGAGAUAUCAGCCAUGAGGGAAGAGGAGAAGAUUUUGAGGCAGAAGCUGUCUGAUAUGGAUAAAUCCAAGAAGCAGCUUCAGGUGGACCUGGCCAACCGAGACAGAACCAUCCUGCAGCUCAGAGCGGAAAAAUCGAACUCAAAAUCUGACCACAAUCUGGAGCUCUACCAGAAGGCCUGUCAAGAUCUGGAGGCUAAAGAGCGUGUGAUGGAGGAAAUGCGUCUAACUCUGAUGGAGCAGGAGGACACGCAGGAGCAGAUGGAACAGGCCCUGGAGCAGAAACUGGGUCUCAUCCAGGAGCUCUCCACUGAGUUGGAGAACCAUCGAAAUAACUCACAUCAACACAUCCAAAAACUUCCAGAAGACCUCAAAGUGGCUAAAGAGGAAACUUCACAAGCUGAAGAAAACUUGAAGGUGUUUAUAGAGAAACACCAGGCUGAACGGAAAAAGUGGCUGGAGGAGAAACUGUUCCUGAUCAGCCAAGCUAAAGAGGCAGAAGACAAGAGGAAUCAAGAGAUGAGGAAGUUUGCAGAAGACCGCGAGCGCUAUACUCAUCAGCAUAGCCACCUGGAGUCCCAGCUUGUGCAGGAGAAGAAGACUAUGGAGAGCUGGAGAAAAGACAGAGACACUCUGGUAGCAGCUUUAGAGGUCCAGUUAAAGAAGCUGCUCUCCGACCAGGCUGAAAAGGAUAAACUCAUCCAAAAGCUACAAGAACAAAAGCCACCACAGGAGGUUGAUGAUGGAGGUGCUCCCAGCGUGGCUGUUCUGCAGGCUGCGCUGAAAGAGAUGGAGGCUGAAGUCCUGCAGCUGAAGGGCAUGCUCGAGGCCUCAGCAGCUAAACAAAACCAGAUGAUGACACAGACUAAAAGCAACAUAAGCCCUGUUACAUCACCUGGGAAACCAGAGAGUGAAACUGUUGACAGAAAACCAGAAAAGAGGACCACCAGAGUAUCAGCCAGCAGUCAGGGUUCAGCUGGCUUCCCAUCUGUUCUCGAAUCCUCUGAGAUUUCCACAGAGAAUGGCAGAACGAGCCGCUUUCCCAGGCCGGAGCUGGAGAUUUCCUUCAGCCCUCUGCAGCCAAACCGAAUGGCUCUGCGGCGCCAGGGAGAGGAGAGCGCUGUCACAGUUAAAAUCAACCGAGCAGCACGCAAGAGGAAGAGCAGCGAGAUGGAGAAGGGAGAAGUGGAGGCAGAGAAAAAAAGGAACACAAGGAGCAAACUCACACCCAAGCUGACCCCACAGAAGGAAGAGAGUUCUUCUCCUGUAGGUUCAUUCAACUCUUACAACAGGAAGGAAGGAACGCUGCAGAAGAUUGGAGACUUCCUGCAGAGCUCUCCAACACUGCUCGGCACCAAAGCCAAAAAGAUGAUGAGUCUGAUGAGCGGUCGGGUGGAUGCGGAUUCAGCAGCCUCCUCUUCCUCUCUUCGUCAGAAAGUAAAGAACAACAAAAGGAAACUGUUCAGGCCUGAAAUUUCUGGGCCAAUGGAGAUGUCCUCCCACCCAAUCAUUAGCAGAGAGACGGAGGAGACUGAGAGCGACCACAGGAUCAUAAAGAGGUGUCUUCGCUCCAGAGUGGCUAAAUAAAUCAAUUCUCCUCUCAUGA